AUAGCAGACGUUUAUUGUUUUCGGAUCACUAUAUAGCACCUUAGAUAGAUAAUUUACUUUGGUUCCAAUUAAACCAUAAAUAAACAAAUUAAUUUAAGUACUUCAAAGACUAAUUACUUAUCAAUUUAAUUGGAUUCUAGAGACUUCAUAACGUCGAAAUAUACCAAUUGUGAUACUCCAAAAUAUAGACUCCAAAAUUAUAAGUUUUCAUUUGAUUUUACAUUGUUAAUAACUAUUAAUUUAAACGUGAAAUAAGCCUUUUGAGUGUGUAUAACAAAAUAACGGAUAAAUAAGGCGAAUAAAUUAUUACAUAAAAUAUUUGAGAUCCAUCUUUAGUGAGAGGGCAAAGUAGUAGUAUUAGUAGCAGUAGCACAUAUAAUAGUAUCUGAGCGUCCUCAGAGUAGACUAGGGCUUUUUGCUGAUGUAUAUCUAUACUACAAAAACGACGGGGAGUCCAUAACCAGCAGUUGUGCUUGGUGGCUCCGAUUCGUUUACUAUUUAAUCAACCACUGAGACGAGUGAAGGCUUUAAAACGUGUACAAUACACCACAAUUUAGUUGAACAAAUUAUAUUGGAGCCGGUCGACAACAAUAAAACGUUUUUUUUUAUUUUAAUAACUUGAACAAAAAUAGUUGAAAAUGGUUGUGAAAAUUUAUAUAUCUGGCAUCAGCGGCAAUAAGGAAGUGAAAAAAAGACAACAAAGGGUACUGAUGAUUUUAGACAGUAAAAAUGUUCAAUAUGAAAUUAUUGAUAUAACUGAACCUGGUAAAGAAGAUGAAAAAGAGUUUAUGCAAGCUAAUAGUACUUCAAAAGAUAGUAAACAUCCAUUGCCACCUCAAAUAUUUAACGAUGAAGACUACUGUGGAGACUAUGAAGACUUUGACUUAGCUAAUGAAAUAGAUGAAUUAGAAAAAUUCUUAAAAUUACUCUCAUCUGAAGACUCAGUAAAUCAAUCACUUGAUGAAAGUAAGGUUCAGAAUACUAGUAUUCGACAAAAUGGGAAUACAUCUAGUCGAGAGGCGUCAACUGAUAAAGACGUAAGCAUCGCCAAUGUAGUCAGUGAUACGGAAGAAAGACGAAAUUCAAACACUGAAGAUAAAGAAGAGGAUGCAGAUAAAUCAAAGUCCUCUGAAUUAGAUGGAAUGGAAGAGAAUGGAGACAAGAACGAAGAGAAAUCAGAUGAUCAAGAGAAAGAAGAAUAAUGAGAUCAACACUAAAUGGGUAUUUGACUCAAUUAUAUUUUUUGUUAUGACUUUGAGGUAAUAAUUCCAUCGGUAAAUAUUUUUUUACCAAGAUCCCCUUAAUUAUCAUUUAAGACCAAGUAUCAAAAUACUGCCAACAAACAAUAUACUUUAUAUGUCCGAUGUAUUGUUUCUUCUUCUCUAUCAUUUAUGAUUAUCGCCAGUUAUUUUGUGCUGACUGCAGUUAAACUAUAAUUUAUUGUUGCGCUUGGAAUUGAUUUAAUUAUUCAUUUAAAUGCAAUAUAGAAAGUAGGGAAUUAUCUCAAAUAAUUUAAAUGAAAAUACAAAAGAAGAAUAUUUCAAAAGUCGCGUAAAUUGCAAGUAGAACUUCUUAUUAUAAUGAAAAAA